GUAUUUAUACACGUUUUUUCCGAUUCUUUUCCGAUUUCCCAAAUUAGAUCGGUACUUCCGUAGAUCCAAAUCAUUAGGUCUAUCUCCUCUCCCAUUCCUCGUCGGCUCGUCCCCUCUCUACUCUGGGUCUCUCGGAUUCCUCGGCGGCUCUUCCUCUCUCUCUAUCGACUGCAGGAGCCACCGCUGCAAUUCCCGAAUUCCAGACGGCAAAUAGGAGCCACCGCCUCUGCGCCACACUGCCAGAGUAGCGAUUUCCGACGGCGGUUCCUCUCCCGUAGCCCCACCAGCAGUAGCCUAUUAAUUGCAGUCAACAACAUGAUGAAUUAUGCAUAUCAUCAUCGUCAAGCUUUCGAGGAUGGUAGAAGAAGAAGCACAUUUUAUGCAGCAGCGGUUCUUUAUUUCAUCAUCAUCAUCCUCAUCGUGGGCCUGCUGGGUAACUACUUGUCUUCUUCCCCAACUGAGGGGGCAAUGCGGCCUACUCGGAGGACGUUGAUGAUGAAGAUGAAUACGGAAGAUAAUUCUUCCUCAUCAGACUCCAAAUCUCUUACGAAAAUUUUGUGCUCCAUGUACAACACCACAUACAUCUCUCACAGUGUGUGCGAGGAAAUGAACGAGGGGAAGGUGACCCCCGACGACAUCGCCAGUCCUCUGGCAUUCGCCAGACGCAACAUAGAGACCGCCGCGGCUGCGCUCGCUGCACUGCGGUCCACUUCCCCCUUCACCUUUCGCUUUUGGCUCUACGCGUAUCUCUCGAGGGGUUACGACAGAAUUUACCGUGCUACCCUCCCAAAUAGUUUCUAUUCUUGGCCCUUGUUGCCCGCCCCGCGGCCUCUCACUCUGCCUACCAGCUUUAUAAGGCCGGGGUAUACGGGUGCGCUCGUUGUUGAUCCUCCAUACGCUGUGAUGAAAUAUACCUGGGAGAAGUGCUCCAUGGACUUCGACCGGAUCCAUGUCGUUCUUCGAGGGAUUCUUGACAAGUUGGGAGGGGAGGAAGAAGACAUAGGGGAGGAAGACGUAGUUGAGAUCACGGAAUCUUUGAGCAGAGCAUAUUACGCCGUGUUUGGAUGCGAAGCUACGUUGUGGGGGGAAGGUACGGAGUCGUUGCCGUCGUUUAAACCAAUAUAUUCCCACUUGAGUGACUAUCUCUCCUACUCCUCUUUUGGUCGGCACCUCUUACUCAACCUCGAAGACUUGAAGAAGAAGACGACAACAACAACAAUAACCCAGUUAAAUUUUACAAGAGUAGGAUCUGGGGAGGGUGUGUGUACGCAGACCUUACCCCUACUCAAAAGUAGAGAGCCUGUGUUGCAUUCCUUGACUUGAAGAAGAAGAAAUACAUAAUAUUAUGAUUGGUGGUGUGAUUGAUCUCCCUUCCUCCUACUUUUGGCCUUUCAAUAACUUGUAAAGUAUGAUCCUUCCUUAAUA